GGCCUCCGGCGGCGCUCACACCCUGCGCCCUCGGUCAUGGACUACCGGCGGCUGCUGAUGAGUCGGGUGGUUCCCGGGCAGUUCGACGACGCGGACUCCUCCGGCAGUGAUGAAAACAUUGACUUAAAGACAAUCAAAGAGGAAGAUGACAUUCUAUUUGAAGACUUUCAAAAUAAUGUGACUGAGAAGAUGGAUGAAGGUGAGAUAGAAGAUGAGGAGGAGGAGGAUUAUGAUGAUGAUGAUGAUGAUUGGGACUGGGAUGAUGGAGCUGGAAAACUCACCAAGUGUUAUAUCUCGAAUGGAGGGAGUAACCCACAGGCAAAUCGACAGCCUUCCAACUAUAAUUCAGCCAAAAUGUCUACUCCAGCAGACAAGGUCUUACGGAAAUAUGAGAACAAAAUUAAUCUAGAUAAGCUAAAUGUUACUGAUUCUGUCAUAAAUAAAGUCACCGAAAAGUCUAGACAAAAGGAAGCCGAUAUGUAUCGCAUCAAAGACAAGGCGGACAGAGCAACUGUAGAACAGGUGUUGGAUCCCAGAACACGAAUGAUAUUAUUCAAAAUGUUGACUAGAGGAAUCAUAUCAGAGAUAAAUGGCUGCAUUAGCACAGGAAAAGAAGCUAAUGUAUACCAUGCCAGCACAACAAAUGGAGAGAGCAGAGCAAUCAAAAUUUAUAAAACUUCUAUUUUGGUGUUCAAAGAUCGGGAUAAGUAUGUAAGUGGGGAAUUCAGAUUUCGUCAUGGCUAUUGUAAAGGAAACCCCAGAAAAAUGGUGAAAACUUGGGCAGAAAAAGAAAUGAGGAACUUGAUCAGGCUAAACACAGCAGGGAUCCCAUGCCCAGAACCUAUCCUGCUACGAAGUCAUGUUCUUGUCAUGGGCUUCAUUGGUAAAGAUGACAUGCCAGCACCACUCUUGAAAAAUAUCCAGUUAUCAGAAUCCAAGGCUCGGGAGUUGUACCUGCAGGUCAUUCAAUACAUGAGAACAAUGUAUCAGGAUGCCAGGCUUGUCCAUGCAGAUCUCAGUGAAUUUAACAUGCUGUACAGCGGUGGGGGUGUGUACAUCAUUGACGUUUCUCAGUCUGUGGAGCAUGACCACCCACAUGCCUUGGAGUUCUUGAGAAAAGAUUGUGCCAAUGUCAAUGAUUUCUUUUUGAAGCGCAAUGUUGCUGUGAUGACUGUGCGGGAGCUCUUUGAAUUUGUCACAGACCCAUCAAUUACUCAAGAGAACAUGGACGCUUAUCUCUCAAAGGCCAUGGAAAUGGCAUCCCAAAGGACCAAGGAGGAAAGGUCCAACCAAGAUCGUGUGGAUGAAGAGGUGUUUAAGCGAGCAUAUAUCCCUAGAACCUUGACUGAAGUAAAAAACUAUGAGAGGGACCUGGACAUAAUGAUGAAGCUGAAGGAAGAAGACAUGGCCAUGAACGCCCAGCAGGACAGUAUUCUAUACCAAACCGUCACAGGAUUGAAGAAAGACUUGUCAGGAGUUCAGAAGGUCCCUGCACUCCUAGAAAAUCAGGUUAAUGAAAAGAAUUGUUCUGAUUCAGAAGAUGGUGGCAGCUCUGAGUGUUCUGACGCAGGAUCUGAAGAGCAGGGAGACCAUGCCUGCUCCAAGAAAGCCACCACUGACCUUGACGUUGAUAAAAAGGAAAGAAAAAAGAUGGUCAAGGAAGCCCAGAGAGAGAAAAGAAAAAACAAAAUUCCUAAACAUGUGAAGAAAAGAAAGGAGAAGACAGCCAAGACAAAAAAGGGCAGAUAGAAUCAGAACUAUAUUAUGUACAGUAAUUUCCCAUCAGUUACUUUCUUGCCUUACUCCAAGCUACAUCUGGAAGAUGGGGUAUUGAUUUUAACCUAAUGGCUAUUACGGCAAUGUCUGUGAAGACUGAUUCAAGUGUUUCAUGUAAUUAUGUAAAAAGCUCUAAGCUCUGUUGUCCAGAUCCAGUCACUGACUCUGUCUGGCACUGACAGAGAAUUUAUUUAAGCUAUUUUAAUGAAGAACUUUGUACAGUUUUAGUUCUAUAUAUUUUUUCUCCAUUAUGUUUUUUGAAGCAUCAUAAAUAUUUAAAUGUAUUGAAUGUUCACAAGCUUUAUGUCAGUGUGAAGGCACUGUGGACAAACUUGGGCCAAUUGUUUUGCUUUGUUUGUACAUGCCAAAGACCCAUCUGAAGUCACAUGAUUAAAAGGCCAUGGUUUCUGUAAAA